UCUCGCAUUCAUAGCAUCCUUCCGUCAUGGCGUCUGUUUGGGCUAAAUCCAUUGUUAACCUGCAGGUCUUGGCUGUUUUUUUCUGCCUAAUGGUAUGUCUGCCACCGGGGGGAGGACAGAAGAAGAAAGAGAACCUGCUGUCAGAGAAAGUUGACCAGAUGAUGGAGUGGUCUUCUCGGCGUUCGGUUAUCCGGAUGAAUGGGGACAAGUUCCGUCGUUUUGUCAAGGCCCCACCCAGAAACUACUCUGUCAUCGUCAUGUUCACUGCCCUACAGCCUCAAAGGCAAUGUUCUGUCUGCAGGCAGGCAAAUGAGGAGUACCAGGUCCUGGCAAACUCAUGGCGGUACUCAUCUGCUUUCUCCAACAAGCUAUUCUUCACGGUAGUGGACUAUGAUGAGGGAGCUGAUGUUUUCCAGCAGAUUCGGGUCUUCCGUCCUCCUAAUUAUUCAGGGACUAUUGCUUUGGCACUCUUAGUAUCUCUAGUUGGAGGAUUGCUGUAUUUGAGGAGGAACAACUUGGAAUUCAUAUACAACAAGACUGGAUGGGCCAUGGCGGCACUGUGUGUGGUGUUUGCAAUGACAUCUGGUCAGAUGUGGAAUCACAUCAGAGGUCCUCCUUAUGCCCACAAAAAUCCACAGAAUGGACAAGUGAGUUAUAUUCAUGGCAGCAGUCAGGCACAGUUUGUGGCAGAGUCUCACAUCAUCCUUCUUCUGAGUAUCCUUUAAUUAAAUUGUUCUUGUUUGUGUGUCACAUGUUGCAAAAUGCUAAUCAUCUAGAGUAAUAUAUCUCCAUGAAAUGUCCAGCAGCUCAUCUUGGCAGCAGAUUCCUUUAAAUCACCAUUUCCUCACCCACAGCACCUUUGAGAACUUUUUAUGUUUGAAAGAGUGUUCCCUUUUGUUGUUAUUUGUCAUGAGUCAAAAAUCUCUGUUAAGGCCUUUCUGUUGGACUGAAGAAAUUCACAAUACAAAGACAAUGGGUUGUCCUCUUUUCAACUUUUCUCCUUGCCUGAUUUGUUCCAAAUUCCAACAGCUCAUGAUUGAGUGUGUCUUUGCAUGUAUUUUCUUGUGGUCUUGUUUGGCAGGAUAGAUUUUUCUGUUUGUAUUUGUUUACUUCUGUCUGCUUGUAUACCCAUGUGUACUUGCAAUGGGGCUUCUGUAUGUGUGUGGGUAAUGAUACCAUUCAUUCCUAGCUGUUCUGUUCAUCCCCAUAGGAAAUAACAGGUCCAAGGUCACACCUGCUGCAAAGCUAUAUUGAUUUGUCCAUGGUCACACAGGGUUUUUUGUAAAUUUUCUGCCCAUCUGAUUACACCUAAAUGAAACAUACGCACCUGCUGAAAUGGUAACACAGCUACCUUUGUUGUUAAUGCAGGUGGAGUGAGCACAUUUUAUGAGCAUCAUAGAAGAAUGUAAUCUUGCUUAAUCCUUAAUUUAUGCAUGCAGAAACCGUUACCACAUUAAGCUACAAAACCA